AUGUGGAGAAGUGCGGAUCUGUGGCUACAGCGCCCCCUACUGCUGCUGCAACUACUGCUGCAGCUACAGCGAGGAGAGGGAAUAUACUGGCUUGGCCUGGCAUCCCGUGGUGUUCCUGCUAGUUGGAAUCACACUCAGCACUGCAAGCUCCUCCAUGCUCUGGCUCCAGACCAGCAGCAGCUCUGCAGGAGGAACCUGGAGCUGAUGGGCAGCGUGGUCCAGGCAGCCGAUCUGACCAAAGCAGCCUGCCAAAGCUCCUUCAAGGACAUGCGCUGGAACUGUUCAUCCAUCCAGAGCGCACCAAACUUUAGUCCAGACCUGGCCAAAGGUACGCGUGAAUCAGCGUUUGUGUUUUCUCUCUCUGCGGCUGUAUUAAGUCACUCUAUUGCCCGCUCGUGUGCGUCCGGCGCUCUGCCCAGCUGCUCCUGCGCUCCGGCCCCGGCUGAGCAGGCCUCGGCCGAUUUUCGCUGGGGGGGCUGUGGGGAUAACGUUCGAUACGGGCUGCAGAUGGGCUCAGCCUUUUCCGACGCUCCGCUCAACAGCAGACGUUCUGGACCCCCAGCCAUCAGACUCAUGCACCUGCACAAUAACGCUGUGGGCAGACAGGCAGUGCUGGACGCAUUGGAGACGAGGUGUAAGUGUCACGGCGUCUCCGGUUCGUGCUCAGUGAAGACGUGCUGGAAGUCCCUGCUGGAUGUAGGCCACAUUUCGGCUCAGCUGAAGGCCCGCUACCUUUCAGCCACUAAGGUGGUCCCGCGCCAGAUGGGGUCCCGCAGGCAGCUGGUCCCCCGGGAGAUGGAGGUGAGACCGGUUUUGGAGAACGAACUCGUCUACCUGAUCAGCUCACCUGACUACUGUUCAUACAACGCCAAGCACGGCUCGUACGGAACCACCGACAGGCAGUGCAAUAAGACAGCGAGUGGCAGCGAUAGCUGUGGGUUAAUGUGCUGCGGCCGUGGCUACAACACCUACACCGAGCAGGUGGAGGAACGAUGCAACUGCCGCUAUCACUGGUGCUGUUACGUCACCUGCAAGAAAUGCCAAUACACUGUGGAGAGACACGUCUGCAAGUGA